AGAUUUGGAGAUUUUCAUUCCUUGAUGGGGAAGAAUUGAAUCCGACUCUCCGAUAGAACCGAGGACCUGAGCUGCUCUGUCGAACGCAAGUAGGCCAAGUCUAUCGUAGGCUGAUCGAGCAUGGACGGCUCUAAGGCCCUGAACUACAACGUGGAGUGGAUCAACGAUCGGGGGACAUGGUGGUUCUACCUGCUCAUGCUGGGGCUGUCGCGCUGGUGCUGCUUCCUGCUGGGAGUCAACGAAGAGUGGGCCUGGUCCUUCGUCCUGAUCAGCCACUCUAUCAUUACGUUCUGGCUGGUGCAUUGGAAGACUGGCUCGCUGCUGACAUGGGAGGACGACUCGGGCAAGUAUGAUGGGAUGACCUACUGGGAGCAGAUCGACGAUGGCGUCGAGAACACAGGAAACCGCAAGUUCCUGCGCAUCGUUCCUCUAGUCCUGUUCCUGCUGGCAUACAGGUACUCGACUGGGUGGUUGACCUAUGUCAACCUGUCGUUCACGCUGCUGGUGCUCGUGCCCAAGAUUCGCUCCUUCCGGCAGCGAGCAAAGAGAAGCUCCGGGAGCUUCGAAGGAAUCAUCAAGCAAGCUGGUUUCCGCAGCACAAAGAGCAAUCACAAGCGCGGGUCGAGCUGGGGGGGAGAUAAGUGCGAGUAAGUAGCGCCUGUGUUAGGAGAAGCAGG